GCAACCUGGCCCCCUCAAUCACCCCCGAAUCGUUAUUCUCCCUCUUCACGACAGUCCCCAAUGUACGGCCUCCCCCUCACUCAGGUCACCAACUGUCGACUGAUGAUGGACCAGUCGUGUGGCACCUCCCUCUGCUACGGAUUCAUUUCCUACGGCACACAGGAACAGUCCCAGAAGGCCAUCGACACACUCGACGGGCAUGUCGUCGACCAAAAGGCCAUCCACGUCAGCUUCUCUCGCUGUCAGACGGGCAAGACUGAACUGCGGAAUUUGUACGUGCAGAACCUGCCGCCCUCGUUCAUGGAAAACAAUUUGAAGAUGCUUUUCGAGACAUUCGGGCCUGUGCAGUCCCUCAAACUGUUGGUGGACGCCCACGGCAUGUCCAAGUGCAGUGGAAUGGUCAUGUUCUACCACCCUGUGUGUGCAGAGUCGGCCAUUGCCGUGCUCAACUGCAAACAAGUACUCCCAGGCACUGACAAACACAUAAUUGUGCGAUAUGCCCGACAGUCCUCCGUCAAAGUGACCACUGGCUUCCUCCCCUACUCCCACUAUGACUACUUUCGGUAUAGUCCUGUUGCCCGGAAUGUGCCCCCUGUGCAACACCACUGUGUCUAUGUGUCCAACCUAAUCCCAGGAUCUACUAAUCUCCACUUGUACCAACUCUUUUCUCGGUUCGGGGCCAUUGCCUCGGUCAAUUCCCUCCCAGGCAACACCACCUGGGCGAGUAGUAUUGGUUUUGUCAACUUUGUGAAAUACGAGGAGGCCUGUGCUGCCGUGGCCGCCCUGAACAUGUCCAAGAUGGGUGCCUCAGAGGGUAAGACAUUGAAUGUGUCCUUCAAAAGUGAUUUCCGUCGUAAUAAAUAGCACAUAUAUUACCUUUUACAUUGAUCGUUAUGCUUAUUACUAUUGCCAUAUUUAUUAUUAUUCACAUAGGACU